CUCGGGUUCGUGGGUCGAUCAUGCUGUUGAGAUGUAUGUAAGUUUUGUUGUCAGUGCAUUUCUCCUUCUCUCUCUCCCUCCCUCUCUCUCUCUCUCGCUCUCUCUCUCUCUCUCUCCACGUCUCCAUCUUUCUAUUAUUUGGCUCUCUCGCUCUCUUCCUCCUGAUUUAGGUGCGGAGGGAGUCCUGGCGGCCCAUCAUUGCCACGGCUGUGCUCUCCUCGAAAUCUUGGUCCAAACGCGCUCCACAGAGCAGGGAGUAUGGAGUGAGAUCCAUGUAAGCAGGCCAAGACAGGGACCCAGGGAAUUGUGAAGCCGUGCGCGUCGAUACUUCUUUCAGCCCUUCUUGGUGCCCACCGACGGUCUGUUUGCUUGCUAACGCUCCGCACUUCCAGGCCCUCAGGAGGCCGAUGGGGCCAUGGCCGAUAAAGGCAAGUCGUGCCACGCGCUCCUGAGCCAGAAGAUCCAAGACCUCCUGGACCCGCAGUCCGGCUCCACAUACAUCGACCCAGCCAACCUGCUGCCCGACGGAAAGACCGUGUGCAGCGUGGCGCUACAUGUGGUCACGGCGAUGCCCGCGUGUGACGCUUGCCAGUCCUGCGCCGCCGUGGCGACGGCCCGCGUCUUGGUCGACGGCGGGCGGGGGGCCCCCCCGCGGGCGCCCGCGGGAGCAGCGCUGCUGGCCAUCGCCAUCGCGGCGUUGGUGUCCGCACUGGUCACGGGCGCCGUGGUGGCAGCCAGGCGGUGUGGCGCAUCGUCGACUCUUGAGGUCCGGGUCCCGGCGUACACGGAGACGCCGCAGGCGGGCGCUCCGAUCCUCAAUGGCCCCGGCGAGCCCGACGAGGCGGCACCGGUGCCGUGAGCACCCAGCACGCCGUUGCCCCGCCGUUGCCCCGCCGCCCGCCCACGGCAAAGGCCGCGGGCGGUGCCUCGCGGCUCGCACCUUGUUUUUUUGCUAUCAGGGGAAGGGUUGAUCCUCAAACCGUGGCGCUGGCCCCUGGCUUGCAGCAACAGCGGCUCCCGCCCUGCACUUCCUCACAGUGUAUGUCAAGUUCGCGCUCUCGCGCGGGACUUCCUCAGAAUGCAGGCAGGGAUCGCGCCCUCGCGUGGCAAUUCCUCCUGCUGUGUUGCGAGGCCGUGCCCCUAAGACUCAGGGA